UCAGUUUAAAUAAUUUAAGGUUUUCAAAAAUAAUUUUGGUUCAGUAAAAAUAAUUUUAGUUAAGCAAAAAUAAGGUGGAGUGAACAUGGCCUAAUUAAGACAUGUAAUUUUUUCCGAUUUUCUACUCUCUCAACUUUCUCUUCCUAGAAAGUAUUUUUUGACUUGACCAUCGGAAGGACGUUCUUAGGGAAACGUAAGGUCCUGUUCUUUGCUACGUCUGCUUUACUAUGCUAAAAUUUGCUCUGCUCAACUAACACAUACUCUACUAUGCUCAGAAGUUCAAAAAUUUAGGGCAAAUCUUUUGCAGACUCUCAAACGCUUUGGAAUGGACAACUUUCAACUUCUCUAGCCAAGACACAAAAAUGAGAUUAUUCCCAAAAUACCCCUUACUGUUAAAAGUUUUUUGUUCGGGAAUCAGGUGGCACCAUGCGUGGAGGUAGGCAACAAAAGGCCAUGGUGAAAACCAAGCGCCCCUACCAUGCACAUGCACUUGAAGAAAUCAUAAUUUCUGUUCAAAAUGCUUUUGUUGAUGAAAUAAAUGGCACUCUGCACUUAUUAAAAAAAUAAAACAAAAAAAAGGCAUUCUUCUAGUCAUUCACCAUGAUUUGGAGCAAUUGGCGACCCAACAGGAAGUAUCCCGGCCCACAUAAUAUUACAAUUAAGCUUGGGUUCAUUCCAAUAUACGCCAUAUCCACUAACCUUUAAUUUACCACCUUUAUUAUUGAAUCUUUCAAACUCAUCAAAUAAUCAUGUCAUUUUCCUUUAAAAAAUAAAAAAUAAAAAUCACCAAACAUCCCACCACGUCCUUCUAACAAACAAACCCAUAACCAACAUAAACAUGCAACGCACUAACAACAUUGGCUCCCUCAAAAAUACAUUUUAUCACACUUUUUUCAUCAUUUAAACAUAAUCCCAAUUCUUAUUUUCCUAAACUAAUCUUAAUUGGUAUUCAUCUUAUCAUCAUUUCACAUCCCUAACCUUUUUGAUCAUGAACAUAAAAAAGCUAAAAGUACCCAAAAAAAUGAGGGUAACAAGUAUGUCCUCAAACAAAUUUAGGGGUAUGAAGGUGAGUAGAAGCAUCAAGAGCAUAAAAAAACUUGACAUUAAGAAGAGGUUCCCUAGUCUUAGGAAACGAAAAUCUGUUGGUGGCACAGGUGGUGCAGGUGCUGUUGGAGGGGCUAGUGGUGGUGCCGGUAGGGUGGGAAUUCGUCGUAGUAGUAGUAAGUGGAUUUCCUCAGUAAGGAAAAAGAUAUUAAGGCCUAAAUUCCCUGGUCACAAAGGAAGAAACAAGAAUAUCAUUAUCAUUCACAAUAAUACAAGUAUUUCUGGGAAUGAAGAUGAUAAUAGGACUAGUUGUGCUACGGUGAUCAAGGAGAUUAGCUCCGUGAAAGAGGAGGAUGUCACCUCCAUUGACUCGGCUGCUCCACCGCCUCACGAUCAAGCAAGUAAGGAGGAGGAGACGACAACAGAGGAGCAAGAAGAGGAGGAGAGUAGAGAUGCUUCGGAGAUUAUGAAGUUAAGGGAAGAGAUGGCUGCUGUCCACAUUCAAUCUCUUUUCAGGGGUCAUUUGGCAAGAAGAGCAAUUAAAGCAUUGAAAAGUCUAGUCAAGCUACAGGCUGUGGUUCGCGGGGUGUGUGUGAGAAGGCAGGCUCGUAUUGCAUUGCAUUGUAUGAACACAAUGGUCCGUCUGCAGGACCGUAUUCGAGCACGACAGCUCCUUUGUAGAGCCAGUGAUGCAAUUGAAGCUUGAUCAUCUAUUCAAGUUGUUCUAUUAUUGACUAUUUUAUAUUCAGUUGAAUGGAAAAGAAACUAUUCGAUUUUCAGUGUACAACGUUCUUAUACCCAUCUUAAUUUAGUGGGUAACAUGUUUGAUAUGAGUCAUAUGACUGACUAUUCUUAAUUUUGACAUAUUUGCAUAUACUAGUACAUAGUAACAACUAAUAUUUCAAUAUUUAUAACACGUUAUUG